AUGUCCUCAUCAACUAAGCAACAUUCCACAAUUGCUACGACAAUUACACCCCCAGCAACAACUAAAUCUCUGACAUCAGUGAAAAUCUCUAGCACCACAAAAUCAACAACAAUCACUCGAUCAACAUCUACCAGUGUUCUGUUUUCAAGUACUACUGUCACUGUGACAUCAUCUACAACUCCUCAGUGUGAGGACUGUCAAAGAAAUUGUAUCAGGGGUACUUGCCAAUUCAACUCGACACUUGGAGAAUGCCAGUGCAACUGUAAAGAUUUUCUUCUUGGACAUAUGUGCUCUUUUGGAAAGAAUGACACCCCUGCUCAUGUUGAUAACGCAACAAUACCAACUCACAAAGCAAACAUUACUUUGAAAAUCAAUGAGACUUUUAAGGUGGCCUUUAAGAAUCUAACAUCAAAUCUAUCAUUAGACUUCAUCGAGAAAUUAGAACGGGAGCUUGAAGCCCUAUGCAGAGAAGCAGAUCCACAAACCUUCAAAAAAGUUAAAGUCAUCAACUUAUCACCAGGAAGUGUUGUUGCAGAGAGCCAGGCAGAGUACAAUUAUACAAACAAUGAAACUCAAAUCCAGUUUGUCAAUACUCAGCUUGAUGGGGUUUUGACUGAUAUCUUGAAUAAUACAAGUAACCUCAAGAAGAUUUCUCAGGCCUUUAAUAAUUCAACAGUGCUGUUAAAUGGACUCACCUUCCAGAAACCUGAGAUUAAAAAUAUCACAGAUCUGAAGCCUUUUAUAAACUGCUCUCAGUUCGCUAAUUACACUGCUGAAAUAAUUAACGAGCAAUGGCAGUGUGUUGGACCCUGCAAAACAAACCCCGAUUACUGUCAUCAACAUGGAGAAUGUCUCAAUGACAUCGAGAAAGGGCCAACCUGUCGGUGUUUCAACUCAAGCCUUGGGCAGUUUUUUGGCCCACAGUGUGAAUUCUUCCAUCCGGCUCCAAGCACAACUCAGCUCCCAUUGACUAGCCAGGAAACAUCUACAACUAUGAUCUCCCCAACAACAGAACAAUUAACAUCUGCUACGAAGACAACACCCACAGCAACAACUGAAUUAACAGCCUCUGUACUCUCCACAAAUGGAGAAACGGGAACUACCAACACUAAUCACUCCACAACAACAAUAAACCCCCCAACAAGUGCAGAGGUCUCACCAAGAAACAUCUACAACAAUGAUGUCCUCAUCGACAAUGCAACAUGCUACAUCUCCUACAACAAUAGCACCCACAGCAACAACUAA